CGCGAUGUGAAGGGCCCUGACACCAGUUACCGUCGAUCCCCCGCACAGGCCGCUAGUCAGUCACCCGUCCGAGGAACUCUUAAGCAACAUGAAGGUGUUCGUGCUGGCAUGUCUGGUGGGCGUUGCUGUGUGCGCCCCGCGCCCGCAGUCGUACGAUCCCGAACCACGCCCGCAGACGUACGCCUCCGAAUCGCUGGAGGAGGCCCUCUUCAGCCCGGAGCCGUACCAGUUCAGUCUCGCGGUGGCCGACGAUGAAUUCACCAACUACCAGAACCGCCACGAGAGCCAGGACGAGAACGGUCUUGUGCAGGGCGAGUACUCCUGGGUGGGGCCUGACAGCAUCCGCUACAUUACCCGCUACACAGCCGACCCCAUCAACGGCUUCCAGGUAAACACCGUCGAGGAGCAGACCGACAUCAAGAUCCGCUUCCCCGAGCCCGUGCCCGUCGAGGAGCAGGCCGGCUACAGGACAGGCUACGAAUAGGCGCCUCACCCCGCCCGCCCCUCAGCCCUCACCUCACCCCGUUCACCGUCUCACCAAAGCUCCUCCAUUACUCCUAGCUUCUACUCUCUCCUCUGAAGUUUGAUCUCCGGCCCUUGUCUCUCGUUCUGAUCACCUGUUUUCACCUGAUGUGCGAGUUUGGUUCCCAUGUAUCCAUCACUCACUCCUGUCACUUAUUCUCCAUUCCCUUCGAUUCCGCUCCCUUUGUCUCCCCAUGAGGUGUGUGUAUGGCGUCCCUCCGUUUGGUUCCUAUGCAUUCAUCCCCCUCUUCUGUCCCUCAUUCUCCAUUCCCUUCGAUUCCGCUCCCUUUGUCUCCCCAUGAGGUGUGUGUAUGGCGUCCCUCCGUUUGGUUCCUAUGCAUUCAUCCCCCUCUUCUGUCCCUCAUUCUCCAUUCCCUUCGAUUCCACUCUCCUUUGUUUCCUCUUUACUUCAGCGUGCCAUAGCCCUGCCUACGAGACCCCUGUCCUCUUGUUUCUCCUCCUCCUUCUCCUCUUCCGCCUCAGCAUCACCCAACGUCCCGGUAUUCUUAGUAUCGUAGUCUCCGUGGGUCAGUUCGAGGGAUGGAAGUCGCGACCCGCCCUGAGCUGCCCCGCGGUGUAUAUAGGAUGUAAAUAAUUCAUGACGUCAUGGAUAUCUGCAUGAAACAAGACAAAGCCAUUUACGAACUCUUUAUUUGCAUGACUGUCUGUAGCCUGGGGGUAAAUAAUAGUAAUCCUACGUUAGUAAUUAUAUAUUGUAACGACUGGCUGAAGGAGGGUAAUGAUAACAGUAGUUUUCCUUAAUAAUUAAUAUCGUAAUAAUCCUCUUGAAGUUUACUAUUAUUAUUAUAGUUUGUUUGUAUGCGCAUCUAAGUCAUCUAUUGUUAGUAUUUUUUUCUUUUUUUUUCUAUCUCUCUUCUUUUGUUUAAUUUUGUUUCUCUGUCUUGUGUUUUUGGUUGUUUUAUUAUCUUCUGUUUCCUGUUUUCUUGUUUUUUUAUUCCGUUUUCUUUUUCUUCUUCGGUUCAUCAACGUUACUCUUGUUAUUUCGACGCUUGGCAUUUGUUUGAUCAAGAUUAUUAUUAUUAUUUUCUUAAUCUUGGUUUCCUGGCAUUUACCUGGAGCCCCCUUUUACAACC